UUGUAGCGAUUUAUUCUCAAAGCGUACUAUUACAAGAAUGACGGAGAGAGAAGGUUAGAGCACUGCAAUCCCUCCAGGGUCGCCAUGGGGAGCAGAACGGCUACAAGAAAUAGGUGACCGUAAACGCACAUACAGUUUCGUUAAAUUUGUAGUCUAUCCGAAGUAAACCUGCGCGAGCAGCAUGGCUGAGAGUGGCUACCCUGUUAUGGUGGUAGCCGAGGAUGACUUAAACGAGAAGAACAAGGAUCAAAUACUUCGUUAUUUCAAAGUUAAAAGAAAGUCAGGUGGUGGGGAUUGCAUCCUGUCACCGGUGUCGCCAAGACUUUGCAAGUUAUCUUUUUUUAAUUGCGAAGCUCGGCAACGAGUCCUUGCUCAGAGAGAGCAUAUUGUUCAGUCGGCAAAUGACAUCAUUAAGUUAACAGUCUUGGACAUUGAUGACCCUUCAGUCAUGGGCGCUGAUGAGCUUAAGGAUAACAGCCAACAAACAAUUCAAAGAGAAGAAACCUCUUUAAAAGUACCUGCUGAUGGCAUCCCUUCUGCAUUAAAACAAAGUAAUAAAGAAGGAGAAAUUGCAACUGAGACACCACUUAGAGGUGUAGACCUCACAGACAAAGAAUUCUAUAGAUUACAGCUAGACGAAUACACAUUCAAUUAUUUCAUGAAAAAUGAAAAACCUGCUGGAGAGCUCAAACAUUACCUUUUAAGAGACUGUAGUACAUUAAACUUUUCAGAAGACAACAAAGAACUGACAUUUUUCAUUCAAGAAUCAGAAAUUUUAAAUGAGGACUGUGUAAUUACAAAAAAGAAAAAUAUUGACGAGAUCAUAAAACAGAUUUUACAGAAAUACACAUGCCAUUAUGAAGCUGAUCUUUCAAGGCGGCAGGUAUUAAUUAAGUACCCUAAUCUUGCAGGAAAGCACACUGAAAUCUACAAUGAGCCGCACCAGCAGUUUACUGUAGUUGUUGGUCCAACUGAUGAAGUUGCACAUCUUCUGAAGCUUGCGGAUAGUCUUUUAGAAACUGAACAGCGAGUAGGAACGUGUUCCAGUGAGUUUAUAUUACCUGAAAUGAGAAAGUACUUGCUGAUAAAAGAAGCUUUUGAAAAGAUACUGAAGGUACAGUUCCCCUCUGUGGUUUGUUCAGUGGAUAAGAAGCGUUCUGUUUUAAUAUUAGAGGGAAAUCCAAACCAAGUAUAUGAUGCAAGACUCAAACUGUCUCAAACUUUUGACGAACUACUGGAAGUUCAGCUAACCGUCUCAAAUAAUAAAAUAGACUUUCUGAGUUCCUACACUCCUGAGGAAUUUGAAAAGUACUUCAGUACUUUAAGUAGUCCAGUCUUUCUGGAAAUUGAGACAACUGCCAGAUUGCGUGGGACAUCUGCAUCUUGUCUCAUGGAAGCAGAAUGUAGAGUUAACUCUCUGCUUCUGGAAGAGGAAAUUGUAAUACCCGACACUGCUACAGAAUUAGUUAGCAAACCUGCAUGGAAAGAAUUCUUACAUUCUUUAGAGUACAGAGUAGACUCAACACCAAAACAAGUAAACAUCUUCAGUGUACAGAAUUCAGAUAAUAUUUGUUCGAAGUUGAUUAUUGUGGGCUUGAAGGAUACAGUUAAGUACAUUGCAGAAGCUGUGAAGAAAUAUCUCUAUGAAAAUUCUCUCUGGACAGCUGUUAUUAAUGUCCAGCAUUUUGAAGAGGUGGAUUAUUUUUAUGAGCUUUUAGAUAUUCUGAAUAUUGGAGAUUUACAGAUCACAUCUCAGACAAAGCAUUACCCGUCUCCGACCAUUGAGCUUUGUGGUCCUAAGUCUAAGGUUAUUGAGGCACGUUGCACUAUUGAAAACGCCCUAAAGUCCAUGGUCUGGGAGACACUCAGGAUAUCAAAGCCAGGGGCACUGAAAUUUUUCCAAGGUGCUGGUAAAGAGUACCUCUCUGCAGUGGGCAGAACAAUGCACUGCCUUUUGAAGCUGAAAGAACCACAUGUAUGUGACAGUGACUGUGUUCACCAUCAAGCAGGUUCCAGUUUUCCUCCUGUUUCUUCUGCAACUGAGAUGUGGCAUAGUAGUCCAUUAGAGGGAGGAUUUGUUGUGUCAGUCUGUGUUGGUGAUAUAUCAAAACUAAAGGUUGAUGCCAUUGUUAAUGCUGCCAAUGAAAAUCUUAUCCAUGGAAGUGGGGUAGCUAAAGUAAUACAGGAUGCAGGAGGGCAUUUAAUUGCAAGAGAGAGUCAAGAAUGGAUAAGAAGGCAUGGACCACUGAAGACUGGAAAUGCAGCCAUGACUUCAGCAGGAAACCUUCCAUGUCAAAAAGUAAUCCAUGCUGUUGGGCCACGGAAAUCUGAAAGCAGUGCAGGCCCGUAUGUCUCAGAUAUCCGCAAGUCUCUGAAAUGUGCUGUCCACAGUUCACUUAACCUUGCAGAAAGGGAAGGACUGCAGUCAGUUGCAUUUCCAUGCAUGAGUUCUGGAAAAUUUGCAGUACCUCUUGAAAUCUGCUCAUCUUGCAUUGUUGAAGCAAUUAAAGACUUUACUGAAGAGCAUGCCAUGAAACCACACACCUUAAAAAACAUCAUUCUCAUUGAUAUUGAUUUGGGAAAAGUAGCAGCAUUUCAGAAGGCUUGUGAGAAAAUAUGGGAAUCCAGUCCAUCCUCACCCUGCUUCAGGGAUCCCACCAAUUCUACAGGAGGACCCAGUAACAUAAAAGAAGUUGUAAUUGUGUCAGGGGCUAUUGAGGAUCAAAAGGUGGAUGUGCUGGGUGUUCCAUUAACUAAGGAUUUGAAUUUAAUGUCAACAAAGGUGUCAAAAUGCAUUUUUCAGAAAGUGGGGGACAAUUUACGACAUGAGUUUUUCAUACAGUCUCAAGGUCGUAGUUUUGAACCUGGAGAUAUUGUUCCAGUAAACACCUCAGAAAUUCCAGCUCUGGACUGCAAGUGGCUAUAUUAUGUGAUUUGCCCCAAAUGGGAUGGAUUGAAAGGGAAAACAGAAGAGAUUCUCAUGAGGAGUUUGCUACACAGUCUUGAAAUGUGUCACAGUUCAGCAUUGGAAUCGAUUGCAUUUCCAGUUAUUGGGACAGGAAAGGUUCUAGGUGUUCCCCAUAAUGUGGGAGCCAAGUGUUUGCUUGAUGCAAUACAGAAAUUUAAGGUGAAGAACCCAUUCUCUUGGAUAAAGCAAAUCAGCAUAGUCAUUCACCCCACAGACAACAUUUCCCCAUCGGGACGUACAUUAUCCCUACCCAGAGGCCUGUACCUCAGCCGGCAGAAGCAGGCAUACAGGACCCACCUGAGUAGCCUGCAGAAGUUUCAUUUCCACUGGAGUCCACCCUCACAGAUGAGAUAUAAAUUCAGGCAGUUAUUUCGGAACACAAACAGCAAUUCUGAGGAAAAAAAAGAGGCAGAGGGAAGCAAGAUCAGAGAUUUGUUUUAUCAUUCUUUGUUAAGCUCCAUUGACAAAGCCAGCAUCAAAAUAUGUAAUGUCAAAGUGGAGGUGGAUUUUGGAGAUAUUGUUACGGAAAAUGUAGAUGUCAUUGUAAACCCUAUAAGUGUAUCCUACAACACAACAGAAGGUGUUGCAAGAUCUGUAUUUUCUGCAGCUGGGCAGGAAAUUGAAUAUCAAGUAAAACAAGUCAGGAUAAACGUGGGUAAUGUUUUGACAACAGACUCUGGAGGAUUGAAGAGUAAAGUUAUCAUGCAUUUCACUGGCAGUGAUUCCUUAGAUGCCACCCAGAAGGCAGUAAAAAAUGUGAUUCAGGAAUGCGAGCAAUAUAACUUUACAUCUGUGGCCUUCCCUGCAAUUGGCACAGGCCAAGGAAAAAAUGAUCCUGCAAAAGUAGCAGACACCAUGUUAGAUACCAUUGCGCUUGCAGUGAAGAGUGGGCUAAUGUUCAGCUUGACUACCAUCCGUAUUGUCAUUCUGUGCAGAAAUAUAUUUAACAUCUUCAAAACAAAGUUGGAAAACAGACUUGGAAUGCCUCCUCCUCAUUCAAACUUCAUGGAUAGAAUAGGAAACAGAUUGAGGAAACCUUUUAAACAGGCAAUGCCUCUAGAAGACAGUGAGAUCUUUGAAACAAAGAAUGUCAUAUCUCCUGCCAUUUUUGAUGUAAUAGGAAUGUUAAAAGAUAGUGUGAAGAAUGCAAAGGAGAGAAUUGAGAGCAUCUUUAAUGACAAUUUUUCUGAUGAUUGCAUUGAGGACGAAGAAAUUGCCUACCUUUCAGACACAGUGAUUCAGAAUGUACUGCAGUGGGGUGCAGAGUUUAAUGUCCGUAUCACUAUUAAAAAAGGAUGUACUAAUGAGAUAAGAGUACAAGGCUUAACUAAGGAUGUCAAAGAAGUUUUGAAAGCAGUGGAAAUUGAGCUGAAAUCUGUACUAAAGAAAGAACUUGACCAGCAUCACCAGUAUCAGAUUUACCAAGUCAUCCAGUGGCAGUAUGAAGAAUGUAACCAGUAUUCAACUUUUACAGAGAGACAAACUUCCACAUUGAAAAUCACUUCAGUGAAGGAGAAACUGAGGCUGUUGUCGAGUGGAAUGGAAAAAGUCUGUUUAUAG